UAGAACUCUGAGACAGACAAUAUUCUGUUACAUUGUAGCAAAAUGGCGACUGUCAUUCACAACCCCCUGAAAGCGCUUGGGGACCAGUUCUACAAGGAGGCUAUUGAGCAUUGCCGGAGCUACAACUCACGACUGUGUGCAGAGCGGAGCGUGCGCCUCCCCUUCCUGGACUCGCAGACUGGGGUGGCCCAGAACAAUUGCUACAUCUGGAUGGAGAAGAGGCACCGAGGCCCAGGCCUGGCUCCGGGCCAGCUGUACACGUACCCUGCCCGCUGCUGGCGCAAGAAGCGACGAUUGCACCCGCCAGAGGACCCAAAGCUGCGACUCCUGGAAAUAAAGCCUGAAGUAGAGCUGCCCCUGAAGAAAGAUGGCUUCACCUCUGAGAGUACCACACUGGAGGCCUUACUUCGUGGUGAGGGAGUGGAGAAGAAGGUGGAUGCCAGAGAAGAGGAGAGCAUCCAGGAAAUACAGAGGGUUUUGGAAAAUGACGAAAAUGUAGAAGAAGGGAAUGAAGAGGAGGAUUUGGAAGAGGACAUUCCCAAGCGCAAGAACAGGACCAGAGGACGGGCUCGUGGCUCUGCAGGCGGCAGGAGGAGGCAUGAUGCUGCUUCUCAGGAAGACCACGACAAACCCUACGUGUGUGACAUCUGUGGCAAGCGCUACAAGAACCGGCCGGGACUCAGCUACCACUAUGCUCACACUCACCUGGCCAGCGAGGAGGGUGAUGAAGCCCAAGACCAGGACACGCGGUCCCCACCCAACCACAGAAACGAGAACCACAGACUCACCCUGUGUCCACUUCUAAUUCUAGGCAUUUGGGGUUCUUCAGAUGAACUUAUCCUACUUGCUUUCCAUGAUGGACGAGUCUACACCCUGAGAGCUGACGCUAAGAACAGACACUUGUGCACACUCCAAGCCCAGAAAGGACCAGAUGGGACAGUCAUUCCCAAUAACUACUGUGACUUCUGCCUGGGGGGCUCAAAUAUGAACAAGAAGAGUGGGAGGCCGGAAGAGCUUGUGUCCUGUGCAGACUGUGGACGCUCUGGUCACCCAACUUGCCUGCAGUUCACUCUGAAUAUGACCGAGGCAGUCAAGACCUACAAGUGGCAGUGCAUAGAAUGCAAAUCCUGCAUCCUGUGCGGGACUUCGGAGAACGAUGACCAGCUACUCUUCUGUGACGACUGUGACCGUGGUUAUCACAUGUACUGUUUAAAUCCCCCCGUGGCUGAGCCCCCAGAAGGAAGUUGGAGCUGCCAUUUAUGCUGGGAGCUGCUCAAAGAGAAAGCCUCAGCCUUUGGCUGCCAGGCCUAGGGCCUCAGGUCACAGAAUGUGACAUGCCGCCAGAGAGCGGAGGCCUGUUCUAUCCAGAUGGAGCUUUCCUCCUGCAUAUCCACACAGACCAACUGUAAGGAAAACGAGUAGUUACGGAAGGACCUGGACGCCGGAACCAGGAGGGCAAGGCCUCGACUCGCUUACCGCCCUGCCUACGCCCUCCAGCCCACAUGUGGUAUUCAGCUAGUCCUUCCUCAUUUCUACCAGAGGGAGCUUGCACUUCUGAAGAACAGUUCAGCCCCAGCCCUGUGGAACCUUCCUCACGUUCGCCCUCACAGUGUAUCUCUCUCAUGACUUCCCAUUUUAGAGGAAGCCAUUUUGUGACUGCUCACAAUCACUUGUGUACUGAUGGUGUUCUUUUCUUUUUUAAGUCUCUUGUGUUUCAAGAUCCCUUCACGCAGCCUCUUCACCUUUAGCGUAGGCUUGUCAACCAAAACUCUCACAGAGGAACAAAAUGCUGUGGAAAAGUUGUUACUUAUUACCCGCUUCGCCAGAAAUGUCUGCGUUUGGAGGCCAUCUUGAAGACGAAACUUGGAAACCUCUUGGUAAAGAUGUAGCUUUUGAACCUCGGCAGUGGCCUCCACAGCUGAGAUGGUCUUGAUCCCCUGCACCACCAAUUGAGGAGGGGUCGAGAGGGCCCGAGAGAUGGGAGGAAAAACCGGGACCCAAGCAUAACCAGUUCAUACGUGCUGUUCAACAAGAGAAGCUUUGCUUCGGAUCCAGGGGUUCCUUGACCUUCACAGCUGUGGUGUCCUUGAGAUGAGACAAACCACAGCCUACAAAUACAGGAAAGUGCUGAAGAUUCCCAGUGCCUCCCGACUAAGUUGAGCGUCAAGGCCUGGCUCAGUUUCCGCUGGUGGGAGUCGAGCAUCAGCCAAGUGGGCAAAGGCUGCCCGUUCAAUGGUCCAAUGUUGUUUAAGAGAGAGUGUAGCUUUGAGAAACCCUUCAGUGUUAACGCUACGCUGUGAAUUCCUUUCCCGGGCAAUUUCCUCUUUCCAUGUAGUAUGUGUUUGCCAGUGACUACUGAGAUGUGACUGAGAAUUUUAGAAUGGAGGCGAGAUGACCAUUGCUUGACUAGAUCAUGGAGCAUGGUGAUUGCUUGUGACCUGGUGGCGGUGAUUCAGACCCCUCGUCAGCUCUUGUAGCUUAAGCUCCCCCCCCCCCCCGUGUGAGCUGGACUCCUGUUUGAAAUAAGAAAGUUUCUAGAGAAAGAGGUGGAGAGGCCUAGAUUCCAAGAACUCUGUGGGUCGGGAGACAGCCUUGUGGGCUGGGGUGGGGUGGGCUGUCUCUGGAUCACAGCAACAGCUUGGUAACUGACACAUUUCUGGAAAAAUCAUUUGCCCAAAGGGCAGGUCUCAGUGAGCAGGACCCUCGCGCAUGCUCGGCUUCCCUGAAAUCAGUCCCAUCGCUGUGGUCCAGCAGCUUGUAACAAAGGCCUGGGUUAUUUUUAGUCUUCAGCUCCUGAAGAAGCCCCUGGAGACCUGGGCUAGCUGGACCACUCUGCCCAGAUGCGGCAUCGCCUCUGCCACUCCACAGGACUCGUCCUCCCCCUGGCUAAUUGCUCCUGGCACAUGGACCCAGGGCAGCCUGGCAUGGAUCCAAGCAGUGUGCUCCCCUGCCCCCAACUCCUUUGCAGAGUGACCUGUGGCAAGAGAGUGGGGGUCUCCUGCAGGCCCUGUGGCCUCGGAGCUGGUUACAUGCAUACAUAAUGAUCUCAUUUAAAGGGGCCUUGUCCAGACUGCAUUUCCGCCUUCCUCACAGGCUCUCUUCCUCCUGCUGGAUUCUAAAGGCCCAGGGAAGGGUUGGAGGGGUGGUUCAUCUCCACAGAGUAGCACAUCCCCUCUUCGGACUCUGCUGGCUCGCCCUCUCUUCCCACAAAACCUAAAGCAGGGUAUCCUCAAAGGCUAAUUACUUGGUUGAGGAUUCAUUUUAAAUUAAUUUUAG